AUGAGUGGACAAAGUGGGUGUGUCACUUGCAACGAAGGGUCAGAACAUUAUGACACUAAACAUGAUGAUUGUUCGGAAGGGGAAGAUGCUCAGAUCAGAAUCGCACCUCAUGUACAAGCAUACUUGGCUCAUAAUAAUUCAACGACUAACUGCUGCGGAUUUGCCAUACCGAUUGCUUUUGAAAGAGCAGCUGCUGGAACGUGGUGGAAUCCACGUUUUGACUCGGAAAUACUUGAAGGUCAAUACAGGAGUAGCUCAUUUAGGCAAAUAAGAUUACGGUUCAGAUUUGCACUUUUAUAUAUUUUAAUAUUUUCUGUGUCAUGGUUCAUUUACUUUAUCAUUCUCGGCAUGAAUGGUGUUAAUGUGAAAUGGAAAUUUCUGUGUUCUUUAUUCGCUGGUGUUCUUCUAAUCACGAGUGUCAUGCUGUUUGUUACGUUCACCAAUAUAUACAAGCUGUAUACUUCCAAGCUGUCCUUGAUAAUGGCGCUAGCUCUAUGUUCAUUGAGCCUAUCGUUGGUGACGCUGACGACACAGAUUGAAACUGAUUUAUAUAAAACAGCGGAUAUUAGUCAAUCUGGACAUUUUACUAUGUGUUUAGAGAUCCUACUGAUCAUUUAUACCCUGACUCCACUACCCUUGUUCGCUUGUGUCAUUACUGGACUAUUAUACUCCAUAGUUUUCGAAGUACUGAACGUCAUCUCACAGUUAUCCGAACAAGAAUUGCAUUACUCCGGAAUGUUUGUUAGAAUUUUACUCCAGCUCUGCGUGCACAUUAUCGGCGUACAUAUAUAUCUUAUGACAUUUGUGAGAAUGCGCGGCACGUUUAUGAAAGUGGGUCAAAGUUUAUUAGUUAGGAGGCAGCUGGAAAUGGAAAAACAAUUAAAGGAGAAAAUGAUUCAUUCCGUUAUGCCGCCGAAGUUAGCGAGCUGUUUGAUGAAAGAGCAAGUGUUUGAAUCGGAUACGAAUCUUAAAAGACACGAUCCUUUGCACCCUAGAAACUCUCAACCGGGCGCCUCAGAUAUAAAGUCACUUUUUAGACCUUUUAAUAUGAGUUCGAUGGAUAACGUGAGCAUUCUAUUCGCUGAUAUCGUCGGCUUCACGAGAAUGUCGAGUAAUAAAGGCGCGGAGGAGCUAGUCAAUAUACUGAACGAUCUCUUUGAGAAAUUUGACGAGUUGUGUAUAAGUCAUGGAUGCGAGAAAAUCUCGACUUUAGGGGACUGCUAUUACUGCGUGUCGGGUUGUCCGGAGCCUCGGCCGGAUCACGCGACCUGUUGCGUCGAAAUGGGACUCGGAAUGAUAGAUGCAAUUCAGGAAUUCGAUCGCGAGCGAGGCGAGGGCGUUAAUAUGAGAGUGGGUGUCCAUACCGGGACAGUAUUAUGUGGUAUUGUCGGUACUAGGAGAUUCAAAUUCGAUGUUUGGAGCAAUGACGUCAGUUUUGCUAACAAAAUGGAGUCUACUGGAAAGCCGGGUCGAGUUCAUAUAUCCGAAGAGACGAGCAAGUUUCUAGGCGGGUCCUAUGUGUUGGAAGAAUCUGAAGAGGUUUUCGGUCAUAAAACCUACUUCAUAGAGGGCCGCCAGAUGAGCUCCCCGUACGAUCACGAUCACUGUCUCUCCCCCACCAAUCCUAUUAAUCUCCGUCUGAUCAUUUCCCCAGCAGUUUCCCCCCAAUCCGUGCUAUCCUUCAACAAUUCCCCGCUGCCGUUGUCCACUAAGACCAGUGAAUCAUCUACGGAGGAAAAGAAUCCAAGGAGUGAAGUGAAUCAUUCUAGAAACUUCCUCUCGCCCAGCCCAUUCAACUUCCGUAACAAAGCUAGCUCGCUCCCAAGUAUUCUGGAUUCGGAUACCGAAAUGGACGAGAAGAAAUGUUUCCCAGAACGUAAUGGAAAUUCAUCAAAAAGUCCCACGUCUGUCGGAAGCUACGGCAAGUAUACUAACAAACUGAGGAACUGGAAGGUGCCGAGGUUUCUGAGGAAACAUUCGGACGCUCCGAUGCACGAGAUGAAGAAACGAGAGUUAAGCGAUAAGACCAUUCACUUGGUAGAGAGGGGUGACGAUGGCUUGCAGUCCAAUAGAGGCUACCACCAAGUGCCCAUCGUUAUAGAAUCUCAGGAGAAAAGAAACCAGAACAGCAGUAAACUGAACCUACCCAGCAACCAGGAAACCUUUGAGAGGGAGGUCAUCGAUAUUCGGUCAUAUUUGAGCCAAUCUAGAAGCAAUAUGUCGCCGUUUGCAAGAAGCAGCAGCUAUAGAUCCCAGUACGGAAGAAAUAACACAGAGGUGCCUGUGUGUAGAGCACGUAGUUCCACACUGGCUACCCAGGGCGAACUGAUUCGCCCCAAGGACCGUCGCCUAAAUCUGCCGCUCCAGGCUCGUCUGGAUGACGCAGUCAGUCUAUGUCCCUCCGUCAACAGCAGGAAGGAUUCUGGGAUACGAAGCACUAGUAGGAGAUCCAGUAUACAACAACAGAUAUUCGCUCUGAAUCAUGCUCUAGCUACAUCACAAGCUGACAUGAUGCAACAUAGAGUGUCCGGUUACUAUACUUCAAGUCAAUCCUCGGUUAACGACCUCCCUUCCAGAGCAAGGCUUCCCCCUCCACUAAACGAGGAACAGGUCCAAUCUCUGCAGAAGCUCAGGAAACAAUCGGACCUUCAACUCAUAAGAUGCGUCCAAGACAACGCCAGAUCAGGAAUAAAUUAUUUCGUACAACCUCCAUUGAACAGGAUAACACUGUUCUUUAAAUAUCCCGAAAUGGAAAUGCACUAUCGCGACAAGGCCCAUAGAAGCGAUGACUGCGAGGAUUUCCCACCGACGCUAACUACAUCCAGAUUUAAUACGGCUUUAGAUAUUCUGGUGUCUGCGAUCAUUUUACUAGCGGUCAUAUCAUCGAUACUGGUCGUGUAUUCAGAGUGGCAGUUCACGAUAGGCUGGUUCGCUUUCUUCAUCAUAAUAGAAGCUGUGGCGAUGGCCUUCUGUGUGUACAGACAUUACUUGAAGUGGAAGACGAAGCAUGAUCCUCACGACGUAACUGACACUAUGAGGCGAUCUGUGAAGAUAUUCAGGAACCUAUCCAAUUGGUAUCCUUGGCAUUUAUCGGGGAGCCUAUUGAUAAGUUUACCGAUUUUGGCCGUUCUGAUCAACUUUUCUUGCCAGAAUACGACUUUAACCAUAUUGAAAGGCGAACAAUCCUUCUACGUGUAUCUUCUAUAUAUAAGUAUAGUUCACUUCUGCAAUUUCACUCAGAUGAGUUGGCUGGUCAAGAACACAUUAGUGACUCUGUACGCCGGUUUGUUCCUAUUCUUCGCCGUUCUCGGAUGUCACGAAGCCAAUACUCAAUUACUAUAUUCUGAUAUUAAAUUAAACCCGCAGAUGGUCGCUCAAAAUAUAACUAGCUUCAUAUUGAAUGUUACCUCCGACGACCUCAUGCAGAAUAUCACCAUCGGUUCAGAUGCCGUUAAUCAUGAGAUGCAUUUGACCGAACUGUAUUUGGACAUAGCGUUACUCUUGAUAUUAGUCUGGUUUCUGAAUAGAGAGUUCGAAAUCAGUUAUAGAUUGAGUUUUUACAGCAACGUGGUUGCGAACCGAGAUAAGCAAAGAGUGCAGAACAUGAGGAACCAGGCUGAUUGGUUGCUACACAAUAUUAUACCAAGACAUGUAGCCGACCAGUUGAAGAGCACCGCCAAGUAUUCGGAGAACCAUCGGGACGUCGCUAUCAUUUUCGCGAGCAUCGUCAACUUCAAUGAGAUGUACGACGAAUCUUAUCUGAAAGGGAAAGAGUAUUUGAGGGUUUUGAACGAGUUGAUCGCGGACUUUGACGAAUUGCUGGAAAGGCAGGAGUUCCAGCACGUGGAAAAAAUUAAGACUAUCGGUAGUACAUUCAUGGCGGCGAGUGGCUUGAAUCCCGACCUACGGGCGAGGUCCUCACGCGGCCCUUACGACCAUUUAUACCAGCUAAUGGACUUCGCACUCGAGAUGCAAAAAGUAGUGGACAAUUUCAACCAGGAUUUGCUUGAAUUCGACUUCAUAUUACGCAUAGGUUACAACUACGGUGACGUCACUGCUGGGGUCAUUGGCACCACCAAGUUGUACUACGACAUAUGGGGUGAUGCCGUCAAUAUUGCUUCACGAAUGGACUCCACGGGUGUUCCCAAGCGGAUCCAGGUGGGAGAGGCUUGUAUACCGGUGUUGUCUUUAAAGUACGAGCUCGAACCACGCGGCAGUGUAUACGUGAAAGGUAAGGACAACAUGAACGUGUACUUGGUUGUCAAGAAGAAGGAUGAAUAG